AUGUCAUCGCGCGGUCAAAAGCUUGCUGGACAUUGGCAGAUGAUGGUUGAUCUUCUUGUCGUGCUUGUUAUGGCGCAUAGCGCAAGGAUUGAUUCAACUGAGCAAAUCGCCAUGAAGCACUUCCAGGAUUGGAAGCUGUGGGAAUUCACGUUGUACCUGCUCCUCAACAACACGGGCGUCUACGCUUUCUCUGACUUCCUCCCAGUGAUGCUGAAGAAUGGCUGCGGGUGCUCGACGGCGCGCGCCCAACUCCGUGUCAAAAAUCAAAUGAGCGCCGCCUCGAGGAGCCCCUUCCGGACUUCGUCGCUGGCACUGGUGGCGACCACCUCUCAGCUAAUUUGA